CUAUCUCGCUCGCGCCCGUGUCGUGAUAAAGCCUCUCGCUCGCUCUCUCAUGAGAUGCGAGGCCCUGCGCUCUCGCGACGCCGUCGUGCAGCGUCAUCAGAAUUGCACGUGCAUCGGCCGAGCGCUCCAGAGCUGUAACGAGGAUAGAGCACAGCCUCUCGCCCACACCUGGAGACAUGAUACAUUUUCUCGCUCACUCUCUCUCUUGUGAAGCGCACGAGCGCGAGAGCAGCAGCAACAGCAUAUGCCCUCUCGCUCACACUCGCGACACCGUGCAUUCUCUCACUCGCUCUUUCGCUAGAUGUAGAGGCACAGUGCUUCAAAGCUGCAGCAGUGAUACCAUAUACCGUCUCGCUCGCUCUCAUCACACUGAUCCUUUAGCGCGCAAACCUCUCUCUCGCUCUCCCGUGAGACGCGAUGCUUUAUACAGAGCUGUCAAUACGACGCAUACGGCUGCAGCCUCUUGAUACCUCUAAACAAACCCCACCGAUAUAUAUUCUUUAUUAUAUGCUAUUUUUGCGGAUUCAACCGAUUCACUUAUGAAGGGCGUAUCUCCGGGGGCUAAAGACACAGCUCGGUCUUCGGGAGAAGAUGCUAUACAGGAGAUGGAGCAAUAUGCUCGGAAAUAUGCUUGCAUAGGCAUAAACAAAGCUGUCUCACUCGUGCGCGUGCUUUUUCACGCAAACACCGGGGACCAUGCAGAGUACUGUAAAACUUCAGCGACUGCUCCUUUGCCGUCUUGAAAAAAAAAAAUAUCGCUAGCAUUUUAAUUAUGUUUCACACCUAUCUUCUCGCUCGAGAUAUGUCAGUAGCGAUUCAACCGUCAUAUAGAGCGGUAUUUAACGAUUACCCCUUACAAUGUCGGAUGAAUCAGUGCGUUCUUGUAUUUUGGGUCUUUUACGUCUAACAAAACCGCAUAGCGCUCAGCUGAGACGUCGGUGUAAUGAUCUAUGGUGUUACGAGUUGCUGCGUUUAUCGGGUGAUCGACUCGUGAACAGACUUAAAUACGUGAUCUGGUGGGCCCCUUUACGAGCUCUAGUGGUGGCCUAUAACAGAGGCAUAUUAAGUGGUCAACGAGUGCUGGGUGUUGUGUAUGAGGAGUUACAGCGCCGCGGUGUUUUAGAAGCUCCCCGCGUAAGAGGCCUUGUCGAUGAAAUCAGAUGUAAGUACCUUUAUCUCGAUAAAUCACUGUUGUUGGCGGUGAGCAAUACAGCAGUUAUUUUUACCAUAGGCUAUCGGCAUUUUUACGAUGCGGGGAGUGACGAAGAAGAGGCUCUCGCUGAGGCGACGAGAGCUGUGGAGGAAGCGGAUCUAGAGCAUCAAACCGCCCUUUACCAACCGCAGCAUGAGGAGAGGGCUGAGGAAGAGCCUAGGGCGAGCACCUCGGCAGCAUCGGCUGAACCGAUACCGCUGCAGCCCGCGUCUGAUGACGACGAGGCGUCGACUAUUCUCAACUCCUCCUUGAUGUUUAGCGAUCGGUCUGAUAUACUGGCUGUGUACCGGCAAGCCAGAGCAAACGAUGACGACGGAGCGAUAGCGGGUCCAUCGUAUCACCACCAUCGUCAGCAGGAAGAUGACCUCGUACAGCCCGAGAAUCAGCUGGGGGUGUAUCCGAUGGAUGCUCGACAGGAGGAGGAGGAGGAGUAG